CCGGGGGGAACCAGUCCGCGCCUGACACGGGGGAAGACGAUGAAGCUGUAGAGAUGCUUCCCUACGUGAUCGCCACCCUGGGCUCAGCAGGGGCCACCUGCAAAGCCUCCACAUGUAACAACAGCACCAAGGACUACUGCUACAGCGCCCGCAUCCGCAGCACUGUGCUGCAGGGGCUGCCCUUCGGUGGGGUGCCCACCGUCCUAGCCCUUGACUUCAUGUGCUUUCUCGCACUGUUGUUUGUCUUUUCAAUUUUGCGUAAAGUUGCUUGGGACUAUGGACGCCUGGCCCUGGUGACUGAUGCUGACAGGCGCCGACGCUGGCAGACGGAGCGAGAGGAGCGGGAAUACGUAGCCUCCGCCCUGCACUCCGACAACCAUGACCGCUAUGAGCGCCUCACCUCUGUCUCCAGCUCUGUGGACUUUGACCAGAGGGACAACGGUUUCUGCUCCUGGCUGACAGCCAUCUUCAGGAUAAAGGAUGACGAGAUCCGGGACAAGUGUGGGGGUGAUGCAGUGCAUUACCUGUCCUUCCAGAGGCACAUCAUUGGGCUGCUGGUGGCUGUGGGUGUGCUCUCCGUGGGCAUCGUGUUACCUGUCAACUUCUCAGGGGACCUGCUAGAAAACAACGCCUACAGCUUUGGGAGGACAACUAUCGCUAACCUGAAUUCUGGGAAUAACCUGCUGUGGCUGCACACAUCUUUUGCCUUCCUGUACCUGCUGCUGACGGUGUACAGCAUGCGCCGGCACACUUCCAAGAUGCGCUACAAAGAGGAUGACUUGGUUAAGCGAACUCUCUUCAUCAAUGGGAUCUCAAAAUAUGCUGAGCCAGAGAAGAUCAAGAAGCAUUUUGAGGAGGCCUAUGCCAACUGCACUGUCCUGGAGGCCCGUCCCUGCUAUGAUGUGGCCCGGCUGAUGUUCCUUGAUGCAGAGAGGAAGAAAGCUGAGCGCGGGCGAAUCUACUUCACCAACCUUCAGAGCAAGGAGAACACACCGUCCAUGAUCAACCCCAAGCCCUGUGGCCACCUGUGCUGCUGUGUCAUCAGGGGCUGUGAGGAGGUGGAGGCCAUUGAGUACUACACCAAGCUGGAGGAGAAGCUCAAAGAUGACUACAAGCGCGAGAAGGAGAAGGUGAACGAGAAGCCUCUGGGGAUGGCUUUUGUCACCUUCCACAAUGAGACCAUCACAGCCAUAAUCCUCAAAGACUUCAAUGCUUGCAAGUGUCAGGGCUGUGCAUGCCAUGGGGAGCCCAGGGCCUCCUCCUGCAGCGAGUCCCUCCACGUCUCCAACUGGACUGUCAGCUAUGCCCCCGACCCACAGAACAUCUACUGGGAACAUCUCUCCAUCCGGGGCUUCAUCUGGUGGAUCCGCUGCCUGGUGAUCAACGUGGUCCUCUUCAUCCUCCUCUUCUUCCUCACCACCCCUGCUAUCAUCAUCACCACUAUGGACAAGUUCAACGUCACCAAGCCCGUGGAGUACCUCAAUAAUCCUAUCAUCACCCAGUUCUUCCCCACCCUGCUGCUGUGGUGCUUCUCUGCGCUGCUGCCCACUAUCGUGUAUUACUCUGCCUUCUUUGAAGCACACUGGACCAGGUCUGGAGAGAACAGGACAACCAUGCACAAGUGUUACACCUUCCUCAUCUUCAUGGUCUUGCUGCUGCCAUCACUGGGCCUGAGCAGCUUGGAUGUGUUUUUCCGCUGGUUGUUUGACAAAAAAUUCCUUGCCGAAGCUGCCGUGCGAUUUGAGUGUGUGUUCCUGCCGGACAACGGGGCCUUCUUUGUCAACUAUGUCAUUGCCUCUGCCUUCAUCGGGAACGCCAUGGACCUGUUGCGCAUCCCCGGCUUGCUCAUGUACAUGAUACGCCUCUGCCUGGCCCGCUCAGCCGCCGAGCGGAGGAAUGUCAAGCGACACCAGGCCUACGAGUUCCAGUUUGGGGCUGCUUACGCCUGGAUGAUGUGCGUCUUCACUGUGGUCAUGACAUACAGCAUCACCUGCCCCAUCAUUGUCCCCUUUGGGCUCAUGUACAUGCUGCUUAAGCACCUGGUGGACCGAUACAACCUGUAUUAUGCUUACCUGCCUGCCAAGCUGGACAAGAAGAUCCAUUCAGGGGCUGUGAACCAGGUGGUGGCAGCCCCCAUCCUCUGCCUCUUCUGGCUUCUCUUCUUCUCCACCAUGCGCACAGGGUUCCUGGCCCCCACUUCCAUGUUCACUUUCGUGGUCCUUGUGAUCACCAUUGUGAUCUGCCUGUGUCACGUCUGCUUCGGGCACUUUAAAUACCUCAGCGCUCACAACUACAAGAUUGACCACACAGAGGUGGACACCAUAGAAAACAGGCAGAAUGGGAGACCUGCCACCAGUCUGCCAGCUCCCAAAUCAGCUAAGUACAUCGCCCAAGUGCUGCAGGACUCCUCGCCGGAGGGCGAAGCCACCGAGUCAGAGGAGCAGGGGUCGCAAGACGAGGAGCUCAUCAACGCAGAUGGCAUGAAUGACACGGAUUUCCAGUCGUGUGAAGACAGCCUGAUAGAGAACGAGAUCCACCAGUAGGGACCUUGGAGGGAGGGAGGGGAAGGAGGCACAGGAGCGGGGCAGGCUGUGCCCAUGGAGACCUAGGGAGAGGCACCGACCUAGGGAGAGGCACGGAGGGUGCUGGCCACUGCCCUUGCCCACCCACCCCGGCGCUGCUGCCUUCAGUGAGGGCAGGGGCCCUGCCGCAAGCUCUCCAUUUCCCUGCCCCUCCACCCCUGCAUCGGCCCCACAGCUCCUCGGGCAUGCUCUUUACUAGCUACCUUCUUUAAGGUGUCCCUGGACCCCAAAACCCCAGGGUCUGGGGAGGAGGGGGACUGUGAUCCCCAUGGUGCUGCUCUGGAGCUGCAGGGAGGAGGAAGGCUGGGUGCCUUGUGGGGAGGGGUGCAAGGGGAACCUUUGGGGGCUCCUCAGCAGGUCUCUCUGUCCCCCAUCCUCCUGGUGAGAAACACUAAUAAUUUAUUAGAUUUACAGGAAGGUGACAAACAAAAAGCUUUAGUUAGUGUAUUGGAAGUCCCCCCCUAGGGAGGAGGGGUGGCUUUUGUUGCACCUUCUCCCUGUGCCCAUGUGUGCCCUUUCUUAACCCCUUGCAGCAUCCCCUUGGUGUAGCAUGUCAGGAGCUUGGGCCAGGCGCCUGGGGUGGUGACAGAGACCUCCCCCCACAGGGAAGGUGACAGCCUGGCCUUGCAGUCAGAGGCAUCAUCACCCCAGGGAAGGGGCAUGGGGUUGGUGUGAGCUGAGCAGCCCCUUGCAGGGUAAGGGGUGCUGAGGGCAUUUCUCAUGGGCAGGAGGAGGUGCAGGCAGCCUCUCCCCCAGGUCCUGUCCCCUCCUCCCCCAGGGGCACAGGCAGGGGAUUGCAGCAUCAUUUUAAGUGGC